AUGUACCACCUUCGCCGGAUAUCGUUUGUGCUUUUAUUUGUCCUGGUUAUCAGCUUUCUAUCAUGGCUGGUACCACGAGUUCUUAACCCGACUCCUCCAAAUCAACAGCAGCGCGAAGCAAAUGCUCGCUGGGUGAGCACUUCGCCCUAUUGGCUCGACCGCCAAGCCUGCCGUUGGAUCAGCUUGUGUGGUGUCCUGCACGUCCGGUCCGACCCUGCGGCAAAGACUGGUGACGACAAUCAUGAUGGCAGUGGAGAGUUGAAAAAGACGACGUUCGAGCUACGGUCUUUGAAAUUGGAAGACAGAGCCGAAAAUUCCAGAGUCGACAAGGGUGUAACGCAGGGUCCGAAAACUGCCAUGCAUCAAGAGCGUCUCCGAGAGAUACCAGACUACGUGCUCAAGUAUGCGCCGCUUGUCCACCUCUACUCUGGCGAGAAUUUCUGGCCAUCAGAUAUUGCCGAUCACAUUGAGCAUAUGACGCCGCACGUGGGCGACGAACGUAUCAACACAACCAGCCCGCUCAAUCUCGCAGCCCUGCAUGGGCUGGAUUCGGAAGAAGGCUUCGUCUAUCUGAAAAGCGACGAUGACGUAGAGUCGCGGCCCGCUUGGCUCCACAGCCGCGCAAAUAUCCCACUGCCAUAUCCCGACGACCAAGAUACGUGGGAACCACCUGUAGAUUCCGAUGCUUCUCGCUGGCACGGCGAUGGUACGACAUGGCAAGAAGUCAACAAAGAUCAUCCGUUACAGAGGAUAUCAGAUCCACGCAUGCGCACGCCUCGCUACCCUCCACCCACCUCGCGCGGGUCGCCUCCCAGGCACUCAAAGAGGGACCAAGUACCCAUUGGCGAUGUCCCCCAGCACAAACCUGAUGAAUCAGGUUACUCGAAAGCACCAGCAACUUUGGUUCUUGUGGAUAAGGGCUCUGGGAUUGUGGACGCCUUUUGGUUCUUCUUUUAUGCCUACAACCUAGGCCAGACCGUUCUUGGGAUCCGUUUUGGAAACCACGUCGGUGACUGGGAACAUUGCAUGGUCCGUUUUGAAUCAGGGAUGCCGCGCGCUGUCUUCUUCAGUGAACACGAAGGCGGCCAGGCAUAUGCCUGGCAGGCCGUGGAGAAGCGAGGAAAUAUCUCUGAAAUCCAGCGCCCCGUCAUAUAUAGCGCCGUCGGCAGUCACGCCAUGUAUGCCAUGCCAGGAGACCACCCCUACGUUCUUCCUUUCAAGAUGCUCAAAGACGUCACGGAUCGUGGUCCCUUGUGGGAUCCUGCUCAGAAUUUCCGAGGUUACUGGUACGAUUACACCACGACCAAGGAUGCUGACGGCCUAGAGCCGAUCAAGGAGAACCCCGAUGCACCGACAGAUUGGUUCCAUUACGAGGGGCCUUGGGGUGAUACCUUGUACGGGCUCGACGACAUGCGCCAGUGGCGGCUAUUUGGCCAGUAUCAUUAUGUUACUGGCCCUGUUGGACCAAAGUUCAAGAAUCUCGGCCGAGAAAAAGUCUGUCAGAACUGGCGGUGUCGGAUACUGAACAGCAUUUCAGAAGGCAAGAAGCGCAGCUGGAAUUCCUGA